AUGGCCGAGCCGGCCGCUCCUCGCUGCUGCCUCGGCUGGGACUUCAGCACGCAGCAGGUGAAAGUUGUUGCUGUUGAUGCAGACCUGAAUGUCUCCUAUGAGGACAGUGUGCACUUUGACAGAGACCUUCCAGAAUUUGGGACUCAGGGUGGAGUUCAUGUUCACCAGGAUGGUCUGACGGUGACUUCUCCAGUCCUGAUGUGGGUCCAGGCUCUGGAUAUCAUCCUGGAGAAGAUGAAGGCUUCGGGCUUCGACUUCUCCCGCGUCCUCGCCUUGUCUGGGGCCGGCCAGCAACAUGGAAGUGUAUACUGGAGAGCUGGGGCCGGUCGGGUGCUGAUGAGCCUGUCACCAGACCUCUGGGUACACGAGCAGCUGCAGGCCUGCUUCUCCGUCAGCGACUGCCCAGUGUGGAUGGACUGCAGCACCGCUGCCCAGUGCCGCCAGCUGGAGGCUGCCGUGGGCGGGGCCCAGGCUCUCAGCUGCCUCACCGGCUCCCGUGCCUACGAGCGAUUUACAGGAAACCAAAUUGCAAAGAUUUACCAGCAGAACCCCGAGGCCUACUCACAUACGGAGAGAAUCUCCUUGGUCAGUAGUUUUGCCGCUUCCCUGUUCCUUGGGUCUUACUGCCCUGUUGACUACAGCGACGGUUCUGGAAUGAAUUUGUUGCAGAUCCAGGACAAAGUCUGGUCCCAGGCUUGCCUUGAUGCCUGUGCACCUCACUUAGAGGAGAAGCUUGGCUCCCCCGUACCGUCAUGCUCAGUUGUGGGAGCCAUUUCCUCCUACUACGUCCGGCGCUAUGGAUUUCCUCCAGGAUGCAAAGUGAUGGCCUUCACUGGGGACAACCCAGCAUCACUGGCAGGCAUGAGGCUGGAGGAAGGUGACAUUGCGGUCAGCCUGGGCACCAGCGACACCCUGUUUCUCUGGCUUCGGGAGCCCACGCCCGCCCUGGAGGGCCACAUCUUCUGCAGCCCAGUCGACCCCCAGCACUACAUGGCCCUUCUGUGCUUUAAAAACGGCUCUCUGAUGAGAGAGAAGAUCCGCGACGAGUCGGCUUCCUGUUCUUGGAGCGAGUUCUCCAAGGCGCUGCGGUCCACGCAGAUGGGGAACGGCGGGAACUUGGGUUUUUAUUUUGACGUAAAGGAGAUCACCCCAGAGAUGAUCGGGCGGCAUAGGUUCAAUGCGGAAAACCGUGAGGUCUCAGCAUUCCCCAGGGAUGUGGAGAUCCGGGCACUGAUCGAAGGACAGUUCAUGGCCAAGAGGAUUCAUGCCGAGGGCCUGGGCUAUCAAGUCAUGCCCAAGACAAAGAUUUUGGCUACUGGAGGGGCAUCUCACAACAGAGACAUAUUACAAGUGCUUGCGGAUGUGUUUGGUGCCCCCGUAUACGUCAUAGACACCGCCAACUCAGCUUGCGUGGGCUCUGCUUACCGAGCUUUCCACGGCCUCGCGGCUGAGACAGGCGUGCCCUUCUCAGAGGUGGUGAAGUUAGCCCCAAGUCCCAGAUUAGCGGCCACCCCAAGCCCAGGAGCUUCUCAGGUCUAUGCUGCCCUCCUCCCAAGGUACGCGCAGCUUGAGCAAAGAAUCCUGUCCCAGCCCCGGAGGCUUCUGGAGUGAGUUCAGCAGCCCCAGGAACCCCGUUGGCCCUGCCUGCCCAGACUCGCUGACCCCACUUGGAGAUGUGGCCCUGGACAGCGGGGAUCCUCUUCCCUGUUCUGGGUGCCUGCCACCUGACUCCUGAGGUGCUCCAGUCCUGUCCGGGACCACCUGGAAAUCUGCCUUAGACCCUCUGCCUGGACAUAAAUGGGCUACGUGUGCUCCUGUGUCCUUAUGCUCAGGGCA